UCGUUUGGAAUCAGUUUCAGGUCGAACGUGAAUCGUGGAGCACGCCAAAUGUACGUCCGGAAUUGUUUGCUGUGCUUCUGGAUCUGUUCGCUGAUCUCGUUGGCGGUCGUUACACACGCCCAAGGCGAUGAGGAUGAGUCCGAGGAGAGUCUGUCGAGAGUGGUGCUGGUUUCCAGCCUGGAGGGUCACUGCCAAACGGAGGGCAAGGUGACCAGCUGCAGUGGCUUCCAGUUCGAGAGCGAGGAGGAAAAGGCCACUUUUGACCUGCCCACCGAGGUGAGGAUCGCUGAGGAUGGCACCACCUACGAGGUGGGCGACGAGGAACCCUCCAGAACCCUGGUCUUCGAGAACUGCACCUUCACCAACUUUCCCCUGCGACUUUUCUACACGCUGGAGGUGAGCGAGUUGGACAUGCGAAGCUGCGGCAUCCGCUUCAUCUACUGGGAGAACUUCUCCAUUGGCGCCGACAAGUUGGUGAUCCUCCUCCUCUCGGAUAAUAAGAUCGAAGUGCUGCCCUUGAGGACCUUCAGGGGAGCGGGCAACCUGGAGUUCCUCUUCCUGAAUCGCAAUAAGCUGAGCAAGCUCCACGUGGGCGCCUUCGAGAAUCUCAAGAAGUUGCAGUAUCUGGAUUUGAUGGAGAAUCUGCUGGAGGAUCUACCGAGGGACAUAUUCGCGGAACUGAAGAGCCUCAGGCACGUGGGCCUGGCUCACAACAAACUAACCACCAUAGAGAGCGACCUGUUUGCCCAAAAUCCGGCACUUUUAUCGGUGGCAAUGCAGAGCAACAGGCUCCAGGGGGUGGGCGAGUACGCCUUUCGCUCCAGGGGGCGUGACCACCAGAUGCAGUAUGUGGAUCUGUCGAAUAAUCCGCAGCUGAAAGUGCUGCUGCUGAAUAUCAAUGCCACCAAUCUGACCGUUCGCAACUGCUCGCUGGACCGUGUCAACUUGUACGGCUCGGUGACGAACGUCGACCUGAGCGACAACCGCGUGAGGGAGCUCUACUUUCCCGCCUCCGAGGCCCUGGAGCACCUGGUGCUGCGCAACAACUCGCUGGUCCAGCUGGCCUCUCUGAGCCGCGUUCCCAAGCUGCGGCACCUGGACGUGGCCGAUAAUCCGCAUCUGGGCCAGUUGCCCCAGGGCUGGCAAACUCCUCACCUCGAAAUGUUGGUGCUGCGCAACACCGGUCAGGUGGAAGUGCCUCUGGAGGCUCUGCAGGGAAUGCCUAACCUGCGGAAACUGGACAUCUCCUCUAACAACCUCACCGAAAUCGACCCCUCUUCCUUCCCAACGCUCACGCAGCUGACCCACUUCUUCAUCCAUGGCAACCACUGGAACUGCUUCAGCCUGCGGGUCAUAAUGGACGUGCUCAUCCGUGGCAAUGGCAUUAGCUACACCGUCGACGAGUACGAUCCCGAUUUCCCGGGGGAGUACUUCCACGGCAUAGCCUGCAUGUAUCGCUUGUCUGAGAAGGAGUCCCUGGACUCUUCCAGCGCCUCCGCGGAACUCUCGGCCAGUGUGGAGUCCUCGCCGAAGCUCAGUAGUGCCGAGCCCAGCGAAGUGGAAAAACUGCGACAGGAACUCAAGUCGGUGGUCCAGCACUUUGAGGCCAAGUUCGAUAUGGUCUUCAGCCAACUCGCCAGGCUCAAUGAGCAGAUGCAGUCCUUCGAAGAGCUUAACAAAACGGUUUGGAGUCAGGUCACCUUGUCGGUCUAAGCGAAUUAUGAUACCUUGCUAAAAAAUGUAAUUUAUUGUGUCUUUAAUGGGAUCAAUAAAUUUGUAAAAAUG